AUGCGUUUCACCGUCGCCCUCACUACCCUGGCCGCCGCCGCCAUCGCUGCGCCCCUCGACUCUCUCGUUGCCCGCCAGGACGACGUCAACGCUAUCCUCAACGCCCUCGCUGCCGAGAACCCCGAGGAUGCCGAGACCGCAAGGAAGGGUCUGAAGGCUCGUGAGCUCCAGCUCACCAACGAUGACGAGCAGGAGGAAAUCUUCAAGCGCGAGCUCCAGCUCACCCAGGACGCCGAGGAGGAAGAGAUCUUCAAGCGCCAGGAUGAUGUCAACUCCAUCCUCAACGCUCUCGCCGCUGAGAACCCUGAGGACGCCGAGACCGCCAGGAAGGGCUUGAAGGCUCGUGAGCUCCAGCUCACCAACGAUGACGAGCAAGAGGAAAUCUUCAAGCGCGAGCUUCAGCUCACCAACGACGAUGAGCAGGAAGAAAUUUUCAAGCGCGACGUUCAGCUCACCAAUGAUGACGAGCAGGAGGAGAUCUUCAAGCGUGACGUCCAACUCACGAAUGAUGAUGAGCAGGAGGAGAUUUUUAAGCGUGACGUCCAGCUUACCAACGACGACGAGCAGGAGGAGAUCUUCAAGCGCGACGUCCAGCUUACCAACGACGACGAGCAGGAGGAGAUUUUCAAGCGCGAUGUUCAGCUUACGAACGAUGAUGAGCAGGAGGAGAUCUUCAAGCGUGACGUUCAGCUCACCAACGACGCAGAGGAGGAGGAGAUCUUCUAA